CACUCGGUCCCUCACGCUCUCCUCCGGCCUCUGGGGAAACGGAACUACUGCGUCCAGAACAGUGGUUUCCGGGCAGCGGUCGCGGCCGGAUUGACAGGCGGGCGGGCAGUGGGCGGAACUUCCGGCCGCUGUUCCGUCAGCUGCCUUCUCCGGGCGUCUCCCCGCAACCCUCCUGAACUCUUGUCCGUGACGCCGUGCCAGGAAGAGAUCUGAGGGGAACGGGCCCCGGGGAGCGUGAGCUGCUGGUGAGGACCCGUUAAGAGAAGAUGGAUGCACAGAGCUCAGCCAGAGUCAACUCAAGGAAGAGGAGGAAAGAGGCCCUGGGACCGAAUGGGGCGACAGAGGAAGACGGAAUUCCCUCCAAAGUACAGCGCUGCGCAGUGGGCUUACAGGAGCCAGCUCCUUUUUCUGAUGAAAUCGAAGUGGACUUUAGUAAGCCCUACGUCAGGGUAACUCUGGAAGAAGCCAGCAGAGGAACUCCUUAUGAGCGGCCUGUGCGAGUCUAUGCAGACGGAAUAUUUGACUUGUUUCACUCUGGCCAUGCCCGGGCAUUGAUGCAAGCGAAGAACCUCUUCCCUAAUACAUACCUCAUUGUGGGAGUCUGCAGUGAUGAGCUAACACACAACUUCAAAGGCUUCACAGUGAUGAACGAGAAUGAGCGAUAUGACGCCGUCCAGCACUGCCGCUACGUGGACGAGGUGGUGAGGAACGCGCCCUGGACCCUGACCCCCGAGUUCCUGGCGGAGCACCGGAUUGAUUUCGUAGCCCACGAUGACAUCCCUUACUCUUCCGCUGGGAGCGAUGAUGUCUAUAAGCACAUCAAGGAGGCAGGCAUGUUCGCGCCAACUCAGAGGACAGAAGGCAUCUCCACGUCAGACAUCAUCACCCGCAUUGUCCGCGACUACGACGUGUACGCCAGACGCAACCUACAGCGGGGCUACACAGCCAAGGAGCUCAACGUCAGCUUCAUCAAUGAGAAGAAAUAUCACCUGCAGGAGCGGGUUGACAAAGUAAAGAAGAAGGUAAAAGAUGUGGAGGAAAAGUCCAAAGAGUUUGUUCAGAAGGUGGAGGAAAAAAGCAUUGACCUCAUCCAGAAAUGGGAAGAGAAGUCCCGAGAGUUCAUUGGCAAUUUCCUGGAAAUGUUCGGUCCAGAAGGAGCACUGAAACACAUGCUGAAAGAGGGAAAAGGCCGGAUGCUGCAGGCCAUCAGCCCCAAGCAGAGCCCCAGCAGCAGCCCGACCCGGGAGCGCUCCCCCUCCCCCUCCUUCCGCUGGCCUUUCUCUGGCAAGACGUCCCCGCCCGCCUCCCCAGCUGGUCUCUCUAGGCACAAGGCCAUGGCCUACGACAUCAGUGAGGAUGAAGAAGACUAACUUUCAUCCCUUUCCUCUCCCUCUGUCCUGUCACCUUCAGAAACUCUGUCAGUUCCACAUUGUGACCCUAACAUUAAGCCUAAGGACAGCUACAAAGGAAAGAACUGGGGGGCAAGAGGACCUGGGAAUAGGGAGCCAAGCAGCCCAUCCUUAAGAAACAUCUGUCACUACCCCAAGGAGGCCAGCUGCACCUUAGAAGCCUGUCUGCAUCCACCCACCCACCCCUGCCCCAAGGACUUUGCUUUACUGUUUCUGUUCAUGUGAUCUUGACAGGGAAAUUGUCAUUUUUAUUAAUUUUUUAAAAAUAGUCUCUCAAAUAUAGUAAGUAGGACUAAUUUUCUGCCCCUGAGGAGUGGGCAGAAGAGGGAGGCGGUGUAAUACCCAGCAGCCUUUUCUUCUUGAUACACUGUAAUGUCUGCCUUCUGUCCUGAAGCGAAGUGGCUUUCCAAGACCGGGAUGCCAUGAGCCACGCUGACGGGCAGUUUAGGGGAGUGGCGUGCGUCCUUACAAACAAGCUUAAGCUAAGAGUGACUCGCGCAAGUCCCCUGGCUGUGCCCCUGGUGUGCCUGUCAGCAUGGCUGUGGGAAGAUGAUCUGAGCCUAACUUUUCUUACUCCCUGAGGAGUUUCUUGUUGACCCAAUGGGGUCCAUGAAGAUACUGAUGGGGUCGGAACCAGACCACACAGCAUCAGCUGCAGUUUCUCCUCUGUGUUCGUCUUCUCAGAACAUUCUGUUGCCCAGUUAUGUGGGAGCUCAUGUCAGUCUCUCUCGUGCAACCUGACCUUAAAGGAGGGACACUCUGAGGGUUAUGGUGACUGAGAGGGGAGUGGGACAGAAUUAAUGCUGCGCAGUCGGUUUAGAUCCAUCUCCUGCUGGGAGUCCGGCUCUGGCCUGCCUGCCGCCUGUGUCGAUGCUGUUAGCCUCUCUGACACAGUGUCCACGGUGGGAGCAUGGUCCCUUCAUCCUUGUGCUCAUAGACAGCACUAAGUACAGAUUGGCGUGGGAUACGGAAUCCAAAGCAUGAUAAAAAACCUGCUUUUCUCAAACCAGAGCCUUAUCCUGCCUUCUGCCCUCUUAACAACAUUCAUGACAAGAACCAAGGUGGAGUAUUUCUUGCCCUCUGAGGGCUACGCGGCAGGGACUUCCGGUGUGGGUGCCCACAAAAAGCACCUGGCAGGUUGUUCCCCCUCCCACCUGUGCCUGGCAGGCUUUUCCCCGCUCAGGCUUCCCUCUCUGAAUUGUACAUUUGAAUUUCAAAUCAAAGAAUGCUGAUGCUUGGCAUUUGCCCAGGGAUCUGAUUUCAGAUCCGCUAGCAUUCUAUCACCUCA